AUGACUUCUCGAUCCAAUCUUGUCCCCUCCCGACACACAUCGUUCUCUUCUUCCGCCCACCCUCACCAGCAACAGCUCGAGCAAGACGGAUUUCAACUGCAACAACGAGACUAUGGGGAAUCAUCAGCACUCCAACCAUCUGCAUCGACCUUUCCUCCGACGUUCAAAGUCGACAUAGAUCCUAAAUCUCACUUCACCAUCGACAAGAAAGAUCCGAUAGAUGAUGCAGAAGUAGCUCGUACACGACUGUUCAAGUACGGUCUGCACGAUAAGAACGGCAAGAAAACGAUCAAGUUCUGGACCUUUAUCUAUGCCUUUGCUAUUACAGUAACACUCACUGCAUUGGAUAUGAAGAUGAUUUCCACCGCCCUUCCCUCGAUCGUUGAAGACCUACCCACGUCUACGGUCGCUGGUGGGUGGGUCACAAGUUCGUACCUCCUCACAGUAACCGCGUUCCAGCCUCUAUUCGGUGGGCUAUCCUGCGUGAUCGGAAGACGAUGGUCCGCUGUACUAUUCGUGAUCCUUUUCGUGGGAGGGAGUGUUGUGUGCGGAUUUGCACAUAACAUGCUCUUCCUUGUCAUCGGUCGUGGUGUACAAGGUCUAGGUGGAGGAGGCAUUCAAGCUAUCGGUGAGAUCACCGUUUCGGACAUCAUCACGCUUCGCGAACGUGGCUUCUUUGUUGGGAUUUUCGGGCUUGUCUUUGCAUUCGCCUCCUUCGUCGCCCCUGUGUUGGGCGGAUACUUUAGCGAUCAUGAUUGGCGAUGGAUUUUCUGGAUCAACAUCCCCAUUGGCGCACUGGCAUUGCUUAUGCUCACCCCAACUAUGAACCUCCCCGUGCCCAAGAUGCCGCUUAAGACCAAGCUCGCAAAGAUGGACAUCAUCGGGAACCUGGUGCUACUCGGAUCAGUGGCGAGCAGCUUGAUUGCGGUUACCAAGGGUGGAGUGACCCAUCCCUGGAGCAGCUUGCAGAUUUGGAUUCCGCUGGUGGCCGGUAUGGGUGGAUUUGUCUUGUUCCUUCUCAUUGAAUUCUUGCCGAAUCCACUGAGCACCCAACCCGUGCUACCUUUGAAGCUGUUUAGUAACAGGACGGCUUGUUCGGCGUUCUUCAUGACGUUUCUGCAUGGGAUUGCGACGUACGGUGUUACCUAUGCUCUUCCGGUCUAUUUCCAAUCGAUCAAGGAGGAGACUCCGCUCCGGUCUGCAGUCUCGACAUUCCCCUCUACCGCCCCUACCGCACCUUUCACCAUCGUAGCAGGUAUCGCGAUGGCGGUGACGGGCAAGUACAAAAACCUCACUUUUGUCGGCUGGGCAUUCACUGUGUUCGGAUUUGGCUGGAUGACUCGGUUCACCACCGGCACGGUGGAGUGGGAGCUCAUCGUAGCGCAGAUCGUUGCUGGCGUUGGAAUUGGUAUUCUGUUCACCAUCACUCUGCCACCUAUCCAGGCGAGCUUGCCGAUUGAAGAGCUGGAGACGACAACUGCAACGUAUGCCUUUUGUAGGUCGUUCGGUGCGAUUUGGGGUAUCGCCAUCACGACGUCGGUGCUGAUUGCGACGGUGAGCGAUAGAUUGGGAAGUAUGCCGGACGUAGCACAGCUAGGAUUUACAGGUCCGACGGUGCUAGGUUAUGUGGAGAGAAUCAGGGAUUUGCCGGAUCCGGUGAGGGAACAGGUGAGGCAGAUGUACGCGGAUGGAUUGCAGAAGGGAAUGUAUGCGUUCAUGCCGGUGGUGGUGGUCGGUUUUGCUUGCUGUUUUUGGAUCGAGGAUCUGCCGCUGCCUGAUUUUAUGCGGGAGGGGAGGAAGAAUCAGCACCAGCAGGUGUACUUAGAGGAGAAGAGCCCGUUUUCUGGUGACGGUAGCGACAGCUCACAAGACACUACGCUUGUUGGAUCUACGGAACACGACCCCGUGGUCAGCAUGCCUUUCGAUGCAACGCAUGACUUCGUCCGGUACCACGACAACCAUCAACAGCAACACAUCCAACGCACACCGGAAGGUUACACAUCUAACUCGUUCAAGUAUUCCCCCUCGCUAACUCCAUCUGCCACCUCCUACACAUGGGAUGAGAAGUCAGAUGCUGUAGCUCAGCCGCCUCGUGCUUAUUGGUAG